CGUCGUAUCUGAAGAUUCAACCAGGAUAUAUGGUGAUCCAUCCGCGUUCGUGAAGCUGUUGUAAUCUUCCAUCCUGAAGUCUGUCCCACUCCAUAUAUCACCGCCGUGUCUUGUGUUGGUCCAAUCCUCCGCCGUUGAAUUUUGGUACCAGUAAUGUCGCAUAUCCUCUUCCGGCGAUAGCUGCGCUAAAGUUCUGAAAUGCGAAUACAAUGGGAAAGGUAUCCGUGAAGUUGUAUGUUGCGUUGGCUCGUGGGUAAAUGACGUCGAUCUCAAAUGUGGGAAGAGUUUUACCAGUGGGAGUUGGUGUGGAUGUGGAAGUCGUUGUUGGGGCAUUGUUGAUUGUCGCUGACUGGGCAAUCGCCAGUGCUGCGAAUUGCAGCAAUAGCAAAUUCAUGUCGUUGCGACACGACUGAAUGUAUGGACUCACCCAUGCGAAGCCCGGAUUGACUUGU